AUGCGUUCGAAGCGGCCAGAUGCCUGGCAGCAGCGUCGGCCGCGCUCACGGAGAGGAAUGGUGGUUGCCACUCUGAGCGAAGUUCUGGACGGCUUGCCGUUCGUCUUCGGGGCUCAAAGUUUCCAGCAGGCAAACAUGGGCGUCUACGAGCAGAUCCUCCGUGACAUGAAGGCUGCGCUGCAGAACGAGAUUUCGGCAUUCCUCGGCGGCGAGGGCCGGGGCACGCUGCGCCUUCUCGAGCUGUGCGGAGGUGUUGGUGCGAUAGGCCUCAGCCUGGCGCAUGCGGCGGCGAUUUCAAAUGCCUUCGGCCGUGUGGCGCUCCUGAGCACCGACAUCAACCCCGAGGGCGGGACGCUGUUCAAAGCCAACGCGUCCCGGAUUUUUUCCGACCUGCAAGGGCCCACUACUGUGCGUACUGAGUUUGCUCCUCUGAGCCUGCACGCAGCGCCCCCUAGCAGCAGUUCUGGCUCUUCCCCGGCGUGGGGGCUACGAAACGUGGAAGCGCUGGACGGGCCCGCCGAG